CUUUUGUUCUUCCUCGUUUUUUUCUCACGUGAGAUUAUCUGAAAUUUGUUGUAAAUCGGGUUUAUGAGUUCCCACUUGUGCAGCUGUUUCUCACGGUGUUGUACGUUGUUCCGGUCAACAUUGGUGCUCCUCUUCUUCCUUAAAUUUUGGCUUAUGUUAAGAGCUGCAUCCCCUUAGGUUGGGUCAGAGUUUAGUCGUCUUUGAUGUUGUCUUCCUCGUCGUUGGUCUGCCGUCGAUAGUCCCUACUCGUCUUGGUUUUCAAGAUCAGGUUUUUGGUGAUCUCACUUCUAUGCUCUCUUUCAUAGCUCGGGGACGAUUCCAUGGUUUGCUGAUUUUGUUUCAUCUCCCUCUUCCCUCUCCGUUUUCUCAUCUCGUUGCAGCUUUCAUCAGUGCUCACAUCUCUGGUGGCUCUUUCUUUCGCCAUGUUUGCCAGUCUUAGGUUUGGAUAGUGAUUUCCUCUGUGUAUGCUUUGUGGGCUUAGAAGGUUGUUUCUGGUCUCAAUCUUAGGCUUUGGUUUCUCGGUUCUUGCCUCCCCUUCUCCCUCUCCUCAGGUUGUUUCUCUUCUUCAUCUCCUUCCCUUGGUAUAGGUGUGCGGAUCAGAGUUAAUCUUUUGGAGUUUUGGUCCCUUCUAUCCAGAGCUUUGUGGUUCUUUGAUGGCAUGCGCAACUUGUCUAUGUUUGUUUAGUUUGUGAGGUGUUUCUUACCUCUUAGCUGGCGGUUGUGCUUUCGGUAACUUAGGCAUGUGUCUUGCUGCUUCAUGGUGACUUUGAUAUUCCAGUGAUUAUUCUUCUUCUGACUUUUUUCUUGGUUCUUUCGUUGGUGCUUGAUCGCGAUGUUUUGUGUUUGGAGAUUGUUUUGUCUCAGAUUUUAUCUUUCUACCACUUUUUAACCUCUGUUUGUUGUGGUCAAGAUACUCUAUUGUCAUGUGAAGUAAUUUAGUUUUCGUUCUUGAUCUCAUUUUAGCUCUAGACCUUUAUUAAAUUAGUGUUACUAUGACAUUUUAGUUUUCUUUGUGACUGUAGAGGUUUUAGGUUUAAAUUAUGUGUUUUGCUCUACUUUCUUCUUCUUAGUUUGGUUAUUUUAUAAUUUUUAAUAAUAAAAUAAAUAUAUAAUUUGUAAAUAAAAUAUUAUUAAAUAGUAAAAAAGAAUAUAUUAAUGAAAGUUUAUGUUAUAGUUUUGAUUAAAUUGCAGUAAUCUAAAAGAAGAAAAACUUAAAAUGUAAAAAAAAAUACAUUUUACUUAUUUUUAUUCAUCUUGAAUUUUAGUGAUUAAUAAAAUAGAUUAUUAGAUUUUAUGUGAUGAUGGUUAGUGUAAGAAGGUUUAGAUAAUUCACAAUUAAAAAAUGACAGACUAAAUUGCAGUAAUCUAAACGAAGGACUUAAAAUGUAAAAAACAAAUAUGAGGACACAUGUCAUCAAAACCCCUUUCCAUGUGUUAAAAAGAAAAAAAUCUUCUAUAUAUAGAUAGAUGUCAUAAGCUCUUGUGUCAGAACCACUAUAACAUUCCUCUCUGAUCAAAAGCUCAUCUCAUAAAACCUUACUUUUUUUUUUUUUUGUAACUUGUCAUAAAACCUUACUUAUAACUCAAAAAACCUAAAUAAACCUAUUCCAAAUGGCGACGAUGGGUCAACUAUGGGCUAACACAGGCUCUACUUUAGCAACCUUGAUGUUUACAUACACAAUCUUUAGACGAUGGUUCCCUCACGUGGGAGACCACUUGGAACCAUUCUUUCAAAGACUCUUCAGCCGUUUCUACCCUUACAUCCAAAUCAAGUUCCACGAAUACAGCGGAGAGCAUUUCAAACGAAGCGAGGUCUACUCAGGAAUCCAAAGCUACCUCAGCAAAGACUCCUCUCUUCGAGCCAAGAAGCUCAAAGCCAACACAACCAAAGGAAGCAAGUCUCUCGUCCUUAGCAUGGACGAUAGAGAAGAGAUAACCGACGAGUUCGAGAGCGUCACGGUUUGGUGGCAGUCCAAGAAAGUGAGGAACACUAGACAAUCCUUCUCUUUCUACCCUGCAGCCGAUGAGAAGAGGUAUUACACGUUGAAGUUCCAUAGACGUGACAGAGAAGUAAUCAUAGAGAGGUAUCUUGAGCAUGUUGUGAAGGAAGGGAAGAGGAUAAAGAUGAAGAACAGAGAGAGGAAGCUUUACUCGAACACUCCGGGACAGAACCAUAGGAACCAGACGAAGUGGAGUCAUGUAACGUUUGAGCAUCCUGCGAGUUUUGAUACUUUGGCUAUGGAGGAGGAGAAGAAGGAAGAGAUCAAGAACGAUCUUGUUAAGUUCAGUAAGAGCAAAGAUUAUUACAAGAAGAUAGGGAAGGCGUGGAAGAGAGGGUAUCUUUUGUUUGGUCCACCAGGGACUGGGAAGUCUACCAUGAUAGCUGCCAUGGCGAACUUCUUGGAGUAUGAUGUAUAUGAUCUUGAGUUAACAACGGUUAUGGAUAACACACAGCUGAGGAGUUUGUUGAUAGAGACUUCGACUAAGUCCAUUAUUGUGAUUGAAGAUAUUGAUUGUUCUCUCAACCUAACGGGACAGAGAAAGAAGAAGGAGGAGGAGGACGAUGGAGAUGAGAAGAAGAUGAUGACAAGUGAAGGUGAGAAGAAAGAAAGCAAGGUUACAUUGUCAGGGCUAUUGAACUUCAUUGAUGGGUUAUGGUCAGCUUGUGGUGGAGAGAGGAUCAUUGUUUUUACUACAAACUUUGUGGACAAGCUAGAUCCUGCUUUGAUUAGGAAAGGAAGAAUGGAUAAGCAUAUAGAGAUGUCUUAUUGCGGGUUUGAAGCUUUCAAGGUGUUGGCCAAGAACUACUUGGAUGUGGAGGAGAGUGAGAUAUUUGAUGAGAUAAAGAGAUUGCUUGAGGUUGAAGAAAUCAAGAUGACACCAGCGGAUGUUGGGGAGAAUCUGUUGCCGAAGUCAGAAGGGAAGGAAGGGGAGACAUGUUUGAAGCGUUUGGUGGAAGCGUUGAAAGAGGCAAAAGAGGAAGCAAAGAAGAAGGUUGAGGAAGAGGAGAAGCGAAAGAAGGAAGAAGAGGAAGAGAAGAAGAGAAUAAAGGAAAAGAAAGCAGAGAUGAAGGGAAAGAAGGAUGAGAAGAAGAAAAAGAUUGAAGAAAAUGGCGAAGAAGAGGACUGAAUUUUGAAGGAAAUCUAUAUAUGUUGCUUUUAUAUAGAAGAGAAUCUACUGUAAUGUAUAAUCACUCUUAUAAAGCAUUUUAGUCUCUUCCAUCUUAAGCAUAUUCAGAACUUUGUUCAGCCAUGUCUAUCCAAGACUAAUCUAUUACAGGGUUGGGGACAACGAUGGGAAUGUAGAUAUGAGAGAGCGAAGGAGGAGCUUUUCUGUUUCAAGGGAAUGGGACCAGAAGAGCUGAAACAGAAGCUUGAAGAAGAGACGGCUCUGAAUUAUAUAUCAAUCUGUUCCAAGAACCCUUUAAACGGCAUCCUUCGGUUGCAUCUCCCUCCCAAUAACACAAAGAUGAACGUUGUCUUGUUCCCUUCGUCUUCUUCAAAAGGUUAGUUUUCUUUUCCUGAUUUUAUAUUUUCUAACUAUCCAAAACCGCACACAAUGAAGAACCAGGACAUAAAUUAGACGCUGAUGUCAACGACAAAAAGAAGCAUUUUACGUGACUACAGUGAUGUUCGUUUGGUCGACGCAGUUUUCGGCGUCAGCGUCGGCGUCGGCGUCGGCGUCGGCGUCGGCGUCAAUGAAAAUAGUUGUUGUUCGUUUCGUAGACGCUGACGCCGACGCCGACGCCGACGCUGACACCAACUAUUGUUCGUUUAGAAGACGCAGGAAAUUGACGCCGACGCCGACGCCGACGCAGGAAACAGAUUUUUGGGUUGUUCGUUUGAUAGACGCUGCGGUUAUUUUUAUUUCUUCAUAUUUUAUUUUAAAAAAUUUGUA